CUGGUCCAUUUAAAAGGAUGGGAGCGGCCCAGGGCCCCAUCUUUCGGGUGGAGUCUUCAGACAGCUGGUGCGUCAGUUCCCAGGACCAUCAGUUCCCAGGACCAUCGUCUUGUCCUCAGCCAUGGCUUGUGGUCUGGUCGCCAGCAACCUGAAUCUCAAACCUGGGGAGUGCCUCAGAGUGCGGGGCGAGGUGGCCCCCGACGCCAAAAGCUUCGUGCUGAACCUGGGCAAAGACAGCAACAACGUGUGCCUGCACUUCAACCCUCGCUUCGAUAUACAUGGGGAUACGAACACAAUUGUGUGUAACAGCAAGGAUGACGGGGUCUGGGGGACGGAACUGCGGGAGCCUGCCUUUCCCUUCCAGCCUGGAAGUGUCACGGAGGUGUGCAUCUCCUUCGACCAGGCAGACCUGAGCAUCAAGCUGCCAGAUGGAUACACAUUCAAGUUCCCCAACCGCCUCAAUCUGGAGGCCAUCAACUACCUGGCAGCAGAGGGUGACUUCAAGAUCAAGUGUGUGGCCUUUGAGUGAAACCAGCCCACCCGUGGCCCCCAAUAAAGGCAGCUGCCUCUGUUCCCGUUGAA